UCUACACGCCCCCACUCGCUAGUCGCUCCAAGACUUCCCCGUCCCCCAGCGCCUACUCCGGCACUCCGGCAGACAUCUGUUCACCUUCGCCGCCUCCAUCAAACGAACACCAAAUUUGCAACCGGUACAGCCUCCUCACUGCCUCUCCCGCCGCAUGGACCGAGACGGCAGCCGUGCUGCCACCGGAGAAGGGCCACCGGCGGCGGCAGCCGGGCCGACCCCAUCUCGCCCACCGCCCUCCCCGGGCAUUGAGGCAUUGGCCGCAGGUGAUUCUGUUUCUGUUCCUACCUCUUGUGAUUCCCCACUUUCUUAUCCUUUCGCUCCCGAAUAUGUUUACUUGUUUCCUAUCCAAAGAAUCAGAUGCCCGGUGCAUUGCGUCUCUCCUAGAUUCAUCAUCCAUAACUCCAGUUUAAAUGUAAUUUAGUGCGGUAUGGGUAUCAGGUCAUUGUAGCACUGCAUUGAGCCAUCCCAAAAUGCAAUCCUUGGGGACAAGGCUAUGGAACUGUGCCUUACGGCAUGAGAUUUGUCCAUGAGCUGCCUAGAAGCUUUGGCUUUUGAUGGAGAAAGCAAUGAGGAGUCAAUUGAUGUCACAGUGGAGAAAGCUCUGGAGUGCCCAUGUUUAGAUGACUUGAAAAGAGGUCCUUGUGGAAGCCAAUUUAUUGAUGCAUUUUCAUGCUAUCUCAAGAGUACCAAAGAAGAGAAGGGAUCAGACUGUGUCGACCCCUUCAUUGCCUUACAGAACUGCAUCGGAGAAAACAAAGAGGCAUUCAUCAAGGAGAUUCUAGAAGAAGAGGAAAAUGACGAAGAAGCUGAGAAGUCUAACCUCAAAGUUCUGCCUCCGGCAUGGUCCAGAGAACCAAAAUCAAAGACACGAGGUCAUUCGAAAUAGGAGGGGUACUCUUAAGCAAAGUAACAUUCCCAUAGUCUGAGAGACUUUUCGCCACAGUUUUUCUGCAGAAGUUCUCCAAUUUGGUCAGUUUCAGGGAAACCAGAGCAAGUGAUCUCGUAUCAUACACGGAAGAAAUCGGAGCAGAUUAGCCUAAAUAUUACACGCGUCAAAUAUAAUGACAUAUUGUAUUACGUCGGAAUCAUUGUCUGACAAUCUUAUAUUACCCUGAUGGAUUGUAUCAUCUGAAGACCAGAUGAAAAUGUUUCUCCUUGAGAUAAUGGACCUUUUAUUGAACAAGCAGAUUCCUACCGUUGUGGUUUUAUCACAUCGA